CAAUACUCUUUAAAAAGAAUACUAAACCCUCUCUCUCUCUCUCUUUACAGAAGCUACACAGCAUAUAGAUACAAUCAAUCUGUACGUAUCGACUCGGCUGCAUUUCUCUGCGCUCACUUCCGCUGCUCUACCGGAAACAGUGGAAGGAUGUCGAUUGAGGUGGGGGAAGGGAGCGGAGAAGUUGAGGUUGAGUUGAUUGAUCUGAACAAAGAGCCGCCGGUGGAGAGGAAAAGGAAAAGGGGGGAGAAGACUAAUUUAAAUCAUAAGGGGAAUGGAGGGGCUGAUGGUAUACCUAAAAGCAGUAGGGUUUUGAGGUCGCGAACAGUUGCUAUGAGUGAUGGUGAGAAACAAGUGAUUAGUAUGGGAAUAGUGAAGCUGGAUGACAAGGACGAGGAGGAAGACCAGGGUAUUGAGUUUUUGGGUAUGAGUAAGGAGAUUGUUGAGAAGAAGAAGGGUAGGCGGGGGAGACCUCCUAAGACGGAAGGUAAGGGUGAGGUUUCGUCGCCGAGUCAGCAGGAGAGGCUGGGGAGGCCUCUGAAAGAGAGAGGUCCAAUAGCUGUUUUUCCUUCAGGUAGUCCUGAGGAGAGUGCUAGGAAGCGUGGGAGGCCUCGGAAAGUAGAAAGGGAAGUUGUGGCGGCUCCCUCAUCGGAAAUGGUAACAUCUCAACCGGAGAAGGUUGGCGGGAGAAGUAAUGGGGGUGGUAGAGGUCGAGGAAGGCCGAGGAAAGUAGAAACUGAACCUGUGGCAGCUUCCUCAUUGGAUAUGACAACAUUCCAAACGAAGAAGGUUGAUGAUGGAAGUAAUGGGGGUGCUAGAGGUCGAGGAAGGCCGAGGAAAGUAGAAAGUGAAAGUCUUGCUUCGUCAUUGGAUAAGAAACAUUUGCAGCCGAAGAUGGUUGAUGGCGAGAUUAAUGGGAGUAGUAGAGGUCGGGGAAGGCCUCGGAAAGUACAAAGUGAAAGUCAGGCUUCGCCAUUGGAUAAGAAAUAUUUGCUUCGGAACAAGGUUGAUGAUAGUGGUAAUGGGGGUGGCAGAGGUCGAGGAAGGCCAAGUAUUAAGAUAAAGGGGGAAAUGUUACCAAAGGUAGAGAAUGGGGAUGUAGGGUUGAAAAUCAAGAAAAAAGUUGUCAAGAGAGGUAUAGACCGUAAAGAAUCAGGAGAUAAGGUUCUGUCGAAGAGGUUAAAGGUUGGUAAGAGUGGUUUGAGGAAUGGUGUUUUGCAGCAGAAAAAGAAAAAAGAGAUAAAAGAAGGUGCUGAAGAUAAGGAAAAGGGGUUAAGGUAUCAGAAGCAAUUAAUUAGGGAUGAAAUAGUUGCUAUGCUUAAGAAGGCAGGAUGGUCUGUUGAAUACAGGCAGAGACUUUCCAAAGACUACCAGGAUGCAGUCUAUGUUGAUCGGGAUGGGAGAGGUCACUGGUCGGUGACAUUGGCUUACAAAAAGCUUAAGGAGAAGAUUGAUAAUGGAACUGCAGAUAAUAUUGAUGUUUUGGCAUUUACUCCUAUCCCAGAGGAGACCUUUAGGAUGCUAUUCAGAAUGACUGAGCCAGGCAAGAAGAAAGGUAAACAUAAGAAGAAUGCCACCGUAAGGACUAUCAGAAGAGCAACUAAGAAGGAGUCAUCAUCUAAAAGUAAAUCAGCUGGUGGGAAGAUUAAAUCAAGAAGGACUUUGUUGGCCCGUAAGCCUAGGAAUGGGUCUGAUUCUGAUGAUUAUGAGUUAUAUGAUGGAAAACGCACUUUGCUUGCGUGGAUGAUUGAUUUGGGAACCGUACCCCUUGGCGCGAAGGUGGAGUAUAAGAGAGGGAGGAGUAAAAGAAUGCUAAUUGAGGGAAAGAUUACGAAGGAAGGAAUCUGUUGUGAUUGCUGUAAUGUAACUCAUACAAUACGGGGCUUUGAGUCUCAUGCAGAAAAGACACCUGGAAAACCAUUUCGGAAUAUAUAUCUGGAUUCAGGGAAUUCUCUCCUUCAGUGCUUACUAGAUUCCUGGGGAAAACAUGUGGAAACUGAUAAGAUUGAAUUUGUUUGUGUGGAUGUGGAAGGGGAUGAUCCGAAUGAUGACACAUGUGUUGUGUGUGGUGAUGGUGGUGACUUGAUAUGCUGCGAUGGUUGUCCAUCGACUUUCCAUAACAGCUGUUUGCGUAUUGAAAUUCCUUCUGGAGAUUGGUACUGUGUCUACUGUUCAUGCAAGUAUUGUGGCUCUGCAUAUGAAAGUACCUCAACCAGUGAUGAUGAACACAAUUUAUCUUCUGAAUUGUUGGCAUGUUGUUUGUGCGAGGAAAAAUUUCACUUGCAUUGCACCAAAGAGACGAUGGCUGAUGACUUGCAUGAUGAAAAUAAUUCCUUUUGUGGGAAACAAUGCUUAAUGAUAUUGGACCGGUUACAGGAUCUUCUUGGUGUUAGACAUGAAAUGGGAGACGAAUUUUCCUAUACCAUUCUUCAGCAUCGUGUUAUUAAUGAUGAUGCAUCACUUUUUGGUAAUUCCUUGAAGAUAGAAAGCAAUUCCAAGUUGGCUGUUGCUUUCUCUGUUAUGGAUGAAUGUUUUGAACCCAUCAUUGAUGAUCGAAGUGGAAGCAAUAUGAUUCAUAACGUUGUCUACAACUGUGGGUCCAAUAUUAGACGGUUGAAUUAUGAUGGAUUUUGUACCAUAGUUCUAGAGAAGGGUGAUGAAAUUGUCUCGGCAGCGUCGAUAAGGAUCCAUGGGAAACAGUUAGCGGAGAUGCCUUUUGUUGGAACUCGGUUCAAUUACCGGCGUCAAGGGAUGUGCAGCAGGCUUUUAACUGCAGUUGAUAAAAUUCUGUCCACUCUCGGUGUCGAGAAGCUGGUAAUACCAGCCAUAUCUGAACUGAACGAGACAUGGACAAAAGUAUUUGGUUUUGUCCCCCUUGAAGAAUCAGAGAGGCAACAAAUGCAGCAUAUGAGCAUGAUCGUGUUCCCAGGGGUGGACAUGCUGCAGAAACCUGUAUCAGGCCAACAGUCCGUUAAACCGGAAAACAAGCCAGCAGCUGAAGAGAAGCAGUGUAAGGACUCUGCUGCUUCAGAUGAAGAUAAAGCUCGGAUUGUCGGGGAAGCCACAGCCACCUCUACUGCAGCUGAAGAGCAGCAGUGCAAGGACACUGGAGGCGAAGCUGCUGCUUCAGAGGAAGACAAAGCUCGGGCUGUCGGGGAAGCCACAGGUACCUCUCCUGCAGCUGAAGAGAAGCAGUGCAUCGACACUGGAAGCGAAGCUGCUGCUUCAGAUGAAGACAAGGCUCGGACUGCCGGGGAAGCUGCUGCCUUGCCCGAUCCAUCGUUGAGCAAGGAAGGUGACGCCUUUUAUGAGGCUAUUAACUGCGAACGUUCUCAUAAUGGGGUUUGUCGCUGCAACCCUGAUGAGCCCCAGGAGGAGACUCUUCCCUCCGAGGCCAAUACCGGUAUUGACUGCAAUGUCGAAGCACCGGAGCCGGCUGACGAGUCCAAUGCCUGAGGAGGUGAUGGGUUUUUGUCAAAUAGGGAGGACUGUUGUAAAUUGUAGUGACUCUGGUGUUUUGAGGCAGGGGUAGAGAAGCCGGAGCUUACUUUUUUAGGAAAUCCCUUUAUUAAUAUAAACCCAAGUAAAUAGGGGUUUAAUUUUCCCUACAUUUUAGUCGAGAUGUCUAGAAUUAAAUUUUGUAUAGAACAUUAAUCACCUGAUUUUUUAAUGUACAUCUUUUUGAGGAAGUAGCUUAA